CAACCAGUGAGUGUCGGACCAAGACAGAGGAGGCGGUUUUUGGGGCCAUUCUGCGUCGAGGAUGGACUGGCCUCAUUGGGCACUGGAAUGGCAACGUGUGCAGACCCGAAGCUCAAACCAAUCAUCCUCGCAUCAAAGUCUGACACAGACUCUUGAUUCCUCAGGAUCCCACUCACCAUCCAAAGCUUUUGAACGUGGAAGGAGAAAAGGCUGCCUGCACUGACAGUGGGAAGUAAUUGAAGCAUUAGUUCGACAGGAAACCACUGAGAUGCAAACAAACUGAGAGCAUCCCGGUGCACCAGCUCUGCCGCCUUCUGCAAAGACGUUGCAUCUUUUAUGGAAAAGAGUUGCACUGCAGGUUUCUUGGGAGGGUGACACUACAGCGGACUGUGCAGGACCAGAGAGUGACAAGAGGGUAUGUGCCACAGGGAGCGAGGGAAGGGAUUCAAUUUACCCUCAGCUGGAAAGUUGGGCAAGGGGUUUUCGCUGCCUUCUCUUGAAGGGAAUUUCCUCAGUUGUCUAGCAUGCUGACUCGCCAGCAGGCUCGCAGUGAGGACAGCCUGUUCGUCUGCUCUGUGUGUGGGAAGGGGUUUGCUUGUUCAUCCAACCUGUUAGCCCACCAACUUGAUCAUGCCGACGAGUGCUCUGAGUGCAAGAAGAGCUUCGAGAGCCCCUUGCGGCCGACUCAAGCGCAGCAAGGCCACGCCGAUGAGAAACUGUUCAGCUGCUCCCACUGCGGCAAGGCAUUCAGGGAAUCGUUCAGCCUCGCCGAGCACCAGCUCCUUCACGCCCACGAGCGGCCGUUCAGCUGCGCUCACUGCGGUAAGAGGUUCGGUGAGUCACUGCGCCUCGCCGCCCACCAGAGCAUCCACGCCAGGGAGAGGCCGUUCACCUGCUCUGUGUGCGGGAGGGGAUUCACCCGUUCCGCCCAUCUCUCGACGCAUGAGAGCAUUCACACAGGGGACAGACCGUUCACCUGCUCCGACUGCGGAAAGGGGUUUGCGCGCUCCGUACACCUUUUAACGCACCGGCGGGUUCACACCGGGGAGAGGCCAUUCCCCUGCUCUGUGUGCGGGAAGGGAUUCACCCGCUCGACUGACCUCUUGACACACAAGCGAGUUCACACCGGGGAGAGGCCGUUCACCUGCUCGGUCUGCGGGAAGGGAUUCACGCAGGCGGCCCACCUGGCGACGCACGAGCGGAUCCACACCGGGGAGCGGCCGUUCACCUGCUCCGUGUGUGGGAAGAGCUUCCCUCGCUCGUCCCACCUCUCGAUACACGAGCGGAGCCACACCGGCGAGCGGCCAUUUACCUGCUCCGUGUGCGGGAGGGGAUUCAUCUGCUCAUCCCACCUACUGAAACACAGGCCCGUCCACACUGGGGAGAAGCCGUUCACCUGCCCCGUGUGUGGGAAGGGAUUCACUCAGUCAGCCAGCCUGCAGAGACACCAGCGGGGUCACUCCGGGGAGAAGCCCUUCUCCUGCUCUGAGUGUGGGAAGAAAUUUGCUCAUUUACCCCAUUUCAUUGAACACCAACGAGUUCACUCUGACAAUAGGCCUUUCCAAUGUACCGACUGUGGGAAGACCUUCAAAAGAAAUAAUGACCUGCAGAAACACCAACAGACGCACACAGGGGAGAAGCCGUACUCCUGUUCCCUCUGUGAGAAGGGGUUUGCUCGACCGUAUGACCUGGUGCGACACAAACGCACUCACACCGGAGAAAGACCAUUCCUCUGCUCCCUCUGUGGGAAGAGGUUCAUUGAUUCGUCCUACCUACACAUCCACCAGCGAUUUCACACCGGGGAGAGGCCGUUCACCUGCCCGGUGUGUGGGAAGGGGUUCACUCAGUCUUCCAGCCUGCUGAAACACAAGCGAGUUCAUGUCUUACCACAGCAGGUGGAUUCUGCUGUGAGUCACAAUCAGGACUGAGCCACAUA